GCGGAGUCACACCUCUGAAGGAGGGGAACGAAAAAAGGGCGCCGCGAAAUUGAUCGAGGUGGCGGAAUUCGUCUUUUGAUAGCCAAGUGUCUGCUUGUAAACAAAAGCAGAUCCAAAAGAUGAGAGCCCCGGCGACCUUUCUCGUCUGAACUCGCUUCAACCCGAGCGAGAGACUGCGCAGGCUUCAAACAAGUAUGCGGCCGAUGGUCACCGCGCCAGACAAGCCGCUUCAGAGAGUCACCUUUCCCAUGGAGUUCUGAGCGCUUUUCGGAAAUAUCGAGGCUUUCCUUUUUCCGCUUUUCGAGCGCGUGUCCGAGGGCGGACAUGCACGCGUGCACACCGGCGUAAAAGAAGCGCAUCCUCUUUUUUUUUUUCUCCCCCAUUCACCCCUCAGCGUAACGUUAUUUUUUUUUUACCAAACGAACAAGACAGACUUGGGGGGGGGGGGUCCAUGAGCGACUUGGGCAAGGCGACGUCGACAUGAGUAGUACUUUAGGAAAAGACAAAGACUCAAAAGAAAAGGACCCCAAGGGUCCUCUGGGAAAAGAAAGGGAAAAGGAGGGCAAGGCCCUGAGCGGCUUCGGCAAGGACGGCAAGGAGACCAAGACCAAAGGGAAAGAUGCCAAAGAAGGAAAGAAGGAGCCGGGCGGCGCCCCGCCCGCCGUGGCCUUCUCCGUGGACAACACGAUAAAGAGGCCCAACCCGGCGCCGGGCACUCGCAAAAAGUCCAGCAACGCGGAGGUGAUCAAAGAGCUGAACAAGUGCCGCGAGGAGAACUCCAUGCGCCUGGACCUCUCCAAGAGGUCCAUACACAUGCUCCCCGCGUCCAUCAAGGAGUUGACGCAGCUGGCCGAACUCUACCUGUACAGCAACAAGCUGCAGAGCCUCCCGGCCGAGGUGGGCUGCCUGGCAGGGCUGGUCACGCUGGCCCUGAGCGAGAACUCGCUCACCAGCCUGCCCGACUCGCUGGACAACUUGAAGAAGCUGCGGAUGCUGGACCUCCGGCACAACAAGCUGCGGGAGAUCCCGGAGGUGGUGUACAGGGUGACGUCCCUGACCACCCUCUACCUGCGCUUCAACCGCAUCACGGCCGUGGAGAAGGACAUCAAGAACCUGUCCAAGCUCACCAUGCUGAGCAUCCGGGAGAACAAAAUCAAGCAGCUGCCCGCCGAGAUCGGGGAGUUAUGUAACCUUAUCACGCUGGACGUAGCUCACAAUCAACUCGAACACCUUCCGAAAGAGAUCGGUAAUUGCACACAGAUCACAAACCUUGACUUACAGCACAAUGAGCUUUUGGACCUACCUGAAACUAUAGGUAAUUUGUCAAGCAUAAAUCGCUUGGGUCUGCGGUACAACCGGCUGUCCGCAAUCCCCAGGUCAUUAGCAAAGUGCCGAGAACUGGAGGAGCUGAACCUUGAGAACAACAAUAUCUCAAUGCUACCAGAGGGCCUCCUGUCGAGUCUGGUGAACCUGACCAGUUUAACGCUGGCCCGGAACUGUUUCCAGUCCUACCCCGUGGGCGGCCCCUCCCAGUUCUCCACCAUCUACUCCCUCAACAUGGAACACAACCGCAUCAACAAGAUCCCCUUCGGGAUCUUCUCCCGGGCCAAAGUGCUGAGCAAGCUAAACAUGAAGGACAACCAGCUAACUUCUCUCCCACUUGACUUUGGAACCUGGACCAGUAUGGUGGAGCUGAACUUGGCCACAAACCAGCUGACCAAGAUCCCCGAGGAUGUGUGCGGCCUUGUGUCUCUCGAGGUCCUGAUUCUGUCAAACAAUCUUCUGAAGAAGCUUCCGCACGGCAUCGGUAACCUCCGGAAACUGCGGGAGCUCGACCUGGAGGAGAACAAGCUGGAGUCGCUCCCCAAUGAGAUCGCCUACCUGAAAGAUUUACAGAAACUUGUCUUGACCAAUAAUCAGCUGAACACUUUGCCCAGAGGCAUCGGUCACCUCACCAACCUGACCCACCUUGGUCUGGGAGAGAAUCUCCUGCAACACCUCCCUGAGGAGAUAGGUACACUGGAGAACCUCGAGGAGCUGUAUCUGAACGACAACCCCAACCUGCACAGCCUCCCCUUCGAGCUGGCUCUUUGCAGCAAGCUGUCCAUAAUGAGCAUCGAGAACUGUCCCCUCAGCCACCUGCCCCCUCAAAUCGUCGCCGGGGGCCCCUCCUUCAUCAUCCAGUUCCUGAAGAUGCAGGGACCAUACAGGGCCAUGGUGUGAUCGCCCCAAUCCCACGUGUCAUACACUGUAAGAAAAUAAUAAAAAAAAGAGAAGAAAAAAACGGGGGGAAAAAAGAGUUUUAAAAAAGAUAAAAAGAAAACUAUAAUUAAAUGCAUUAUUGUUGUUAUGAAUAUCUUAUCUGAGGAAAAAAAAGGCAAUUUUAUUAAGACUGCGUUACAUGUUUCUGCUAAUAGAGGAAUCAUAGCCAUUUAGAUCCCCACCAAUCAUGUGAAAGAGAAAUUACGUGUCUAGACUUCCUUUGCCAAAAUUGAUAUAUAUAUAUUGAAUAACCAUAACCAGAGCUUAAUGGCAGUCUUCUAAUAUAUAAACCUUAUUGCCAACACAGUUUCAGUAAUUAAAAGAACGGUUAAUAGAACAAGAAGUACAAUUGUAUGCAAAAAAAAAGUUAAAUCCUUUAUUUUGCUGCUGCUGCUGCUGCUGCCAUAACCCUUAUUGGUUUUGUUUUGUUAGUUUUUUUGUUUUUUAUUCCUAUUCUUUUUUAAUCACACCUGACUAAAGAUAAUUGUGUGCUACUGUGCAGAUGGCUCAGUUUGUGGAGAACAAAGGUCUGGUCUGAUAUUGGCGUUACUUUUAAAGUUGACAAAACAAAACUAGUGCCUGUCCCGGAAAGAGAACUGGUUAUUUCCUAAAUGCAACUAAUCUUUUUUAUUUUUAAUUUUUUUUAUUUUUUUAUUUAAUUUGUUUAUUUUUGUUUUAAAAAGCAUUAGCUAUGUUUCCAUAUUGUUUUAUCAUAGGUCAUAGGUUUUUAUUUCUUUUAUUUGUUAUUUAACUUGCCUAGAGAGGGUUAAUACAACAAACCAACACUUGAUCGAUAAAUUAGCAGAACUUGGGGGUAGGAAAUACAUGAUUUACAGGAUCUGCUACUUAAACAAGUUAGCCCUGUUAUUCAUUUUGAAAUUAUGAAAAUUACCGAAAUGUGAAAUGAGGUAGAAAAUCAGCUAGUUACUUUUCAUUCUUAAACUGAACGCCUGGUUUAUCUAACUCAAGAAUAGAGCAAUGAAGCAGUCUGAAAUUUCUUGCGUUAAAUCGUAUCUGACCAUUUGGCCACUGUUGUGACAAACUAGGCUAAUUUGACUGGGAAUGUUUUUUUAAACUGUAAAAAAAUGGGUGAUGGGAUGUAAAUGAACUACAGUCAUUUUUUGUAUAUAUACUGAUUGCCUCGUGUGCAGUUCAGUCUUAUUAAUGUUUACGUUUGCUAUAUCUUCAGUGUUGGGCACUAUUACUGUCAUUAUUAUGAAAAUAUUUCAUCAAUCAUAUCAGGCGUAGUGAAAGAAUAUUAAAGUAAAUGAAUCACAGUUUCUCCAUAUUCAUGCUAAAUAUAUGCCAAAAAAAACAUUGUGCAAGAUUAGAUUUCUGCCGUAGAAAAAUCCUUCAGAGCAAACGUUCAUGUUUCUGCAUCACCAGAUUUAAAAGAUUGAGUAUGUUGAGCACCUCAUGAAACUGUCCCAGACAACCCCAGUCCCUCCCCCCUCCCCUCCCCAAACACUGUCACACCAUGCUGCUGUUUUUAUGCACUUUUAAUAGUAUUGGCACCCUCCUAGUUUCUUUUUACAAUGACAUUUUCAUUUAACCGGUUGUAUAUUUUAAGGGGCAUUUUUUUCCUUAGCUUUCCUCUCUUCCUUUUUUUUUCUUAUUAAUUAGUUUAUCAAAAGUAUUUUUUUGUUUGCCUCACUUUGAUAACAAGAAACUAUAAUGUUCGGUUGCAGAAUCAAACUGUUACAUUGAAGCUAUGUCUUAUGAAAUCUGUAUAUGUAUAGGAUCAGUAUAGAUUAGGUUUUGAAAUGUUGCAAACGAAUAAAAAUUCCCAUAUCAUCUUCCUGCAAAA